CGCGGAAGGAAGGCUGUAAGAGACUCCGGCCGCAGGUUGGGGUGUUGGUGGCGGGGGAUCUGGGAGCCCCCAGCGGAUGGCUUGGCGGCCGAUAGUUGUUUUCUCGAGCGAAUGCUUCAGGACCAAAGAGCCGAGAUCUAGAAGGCACGGCAGUCCCAAUAUUCAUCGGAGUAGCGUUCGAAAUAAACCCUACGAGAGAUGGAUACUUGUUUACAAGACAGUGAACCCCUUCAAACCAAGGAGUCUUCUAUUAAUAACAGUGGAAACACCCCUUUCAUUUUGGGAAAUGGGAAGUUUGUAACUCCCCACAAGCAGGGAGCUGAAAUGACUCCUAAUGAUUGCACAUCAGAGACUUUUAAAUCACCUUUGAACUUUUCCACAGUAACUGUGGAGCAAUUGGGAAUUACACCUGAAAGCUUUGUAAAUAACUCUUCAGGAAAGUCAUCACCCUACCUUAAAAAAUCCAGACGGCGCUCUACAAUUGGUCUGCGGGGCCUUCCUGAAACAAAUCAUCUAAUUCGUUUCGUUGCUGAGCAGCGGAGUUUAACGAAUGCUUCUUUGACCCAGACUUCCCCUUUUCAGGGCAGCCCUGCUUUGUAUCGAAAUGUUUAUUCUUUAAGAGAGCAAAUGUCUGCCUUCCACUUGGCUUUUAACUGCAUAAAGGAAAACGAGAAAAUGACUGACUGUCCUGAAUUCUCAGAGGCAGAAGGAGUGUUCAAGACCAGAGACUCGACCAAAAAGGAAAGUCUUGGUGAAUGUCAGCUGUCUGAGUUCUCUGCACAGUCACCAUCCAAACGUCGGAGGAUAUCCUCUCCAAGCAGCUCUGACGUAAAUGUAACUGAUGUGGUUAGUCUCCAGACACCCAAUGUCAAUGUCGCUGCUUGUCCCAGUACAGACAUGAAGUGUGCUAUUGAAACCUUUGCUGAUCUCUCCCAGAAAUUUUCUGCAUCUGGUUUAAAUCUACAGUCUGGAUGUUUAAUGAAUGAGUCUCCUCUACUUUCAGAACUUACAGAGGCUUCAAGUGGAAUCCAGGAUGCUGCCUCCGUAGAAGGGAGAGGACCCAGUGAUGCCGUUUCGGUUGAUAAAUGUACAGAAGUGAGCACAGACACAGGUCCCGAAGUCAGGUCCCUGGUUACCCCACUGUGCCAGAAGGACCCUCCGUCCUCCAAGACGUUUGUCCUACGUUCUGUCCUGAAGAAACCUGCUGUGAAGCUGUGUGUAGAAAGCCUUCAGGAACACCAUGACAACCUCUAUAAUGAUGGGGCUUGUCCAGGCUUAACCUCCAGUCUUGCAAACUGUUGCAAAGAACAAACAGCAGUCUUGCCAAGUACAAAGAAGAGGAAGAGAGUUACUUUCGGAGAGGACCUGAGCCCUGAAGUGUUUGAUGAAUCUUUGCCAGCUAACACUCCCCUGCGUAAAGGACAAACACCUGUCCGUAGAAAGGAUUUAAGUAGCCUCAGUCCCCCACUACUUGAACAGUCUCCAGUUCCUGACCGGCUACCUCAACCAGAUUUUGAUGACAAGGGAGAGAAUCUUGAAAACAUAGAGCCUCUUCAGGUUUCGCUUGCCGUUUUGAGUUCUCUUAAUAUGUCUUCAAUUGCUGAGACUCUUUCAGGCACUGAUACCUCUGCCUCUUCAAGUGACCAGGAGAACAUAGCCUCCUUCAGAGUCGGUAGAGCAACGCGGACCUCUGGCAGAAGAAGGAAGUUGAUCAGUUUUUCGGAAGAGAGUGUUAGCAACUUACUCAAUGCAGAAGCUCAGCCUUGUAAAGAAAAGAAAACUAAUAGGAGGAAGUCUCAAGAAAGCAAGCGUGCAGACAGAGUCCUUCCUCAAAAGAAUCGGGUUUUAAAAAGUUGCAGAAAGAAGAAAGGAAAGGGAAAAAGAAGUGGUGUCCAGAAGUCUUUAUAUGGAGAAAGAGACAUUGCCUCUAAGAAGCCGCUCUUGAGCCCUAUCCCUGAGCUGCCCGAGGUCUCUGAGACGCCGUUGGUUGGGAGCCUCGUUCGGAGGAUGUACCCAGAUGAUUUCAACUCAAAUGGUAAAUUUGAAGAAGUGAUGCUUCCGAAGAGAGAAAAUCUUUUGUCUCAGGACCCAGAAGAUUGGCAGGUGAUUCAAGGCUUUAAUAAAGACGAUGCAUCUGAGUCCUGCAGCUCUGACAUGGAAAGUUCCUCAUCUUUUAGUAAUGCUACUUUUGAGCAAGAUGCAAAUAUAAAUUCUAUAGAAAUGGAUGAAAAUGAAAAUAUCCCAAAAGCAAUUACAUUGGAAAGUGAAAACGAACUAAAAUCCGGGACUGAGUGUGAAAACAGCCAUAUUUCUUGUACUUUGGUGACUGUAACCCCCAUCGUAUCCGGUAAUCCAAAACCCGAUUUUCCCCUGCAGUCCCAAGAAUUUUCUGCUGCUGGUCAAAAUGUGGAAAACCUCUUUAAAAUCUCAGAAGAUAUGAGCAUCAAAUGUGGAAAACAGAGUGGCUUCUCAAUCAUUCCAGAAGACAAACUACAGACUGAGCGUCUCACACCCAAUUCACAAAAACAAUGUGAUUGUUCAGAAGAGGUCUUAACUGACGGGAGAAGAGUAAGUCAAAGUCAAGGUGAGGGUUUGGGUCCAAACUCCACAGCAAGUUGCAGUAGUGUGAGUGACAGAGAGAGAAAAUACAGAGGACACUCUGUGGGUGGUUCUGAUGGGCUGGGUUUACAUUUGGAAAAAACCAGCAGCCUCCAACCUUCCUACAGCAUGAGCAGCUCAGUAGAGGUUAGUUUAGAAAAUUCCCAACUGUGUGAAGACUUAUCUGAUUGCAUUGAGCAAAGCCUUCAGAGAACAAAGGGCCAAACCAAAGUAAGACGCAGCUUGAGGCUGCAGAAAAGUUUGGAAAGCGCAGGAGGGCUCGUGUGGGUUUCACCUCCACCGCCUCCCGCCUCCUGCGCUUCCCGGAGAACCAAGAGGAGGACAAUAGGUACUCUUGACGGCAGAGGCUUGGAGCCUGGGUCCUCCAGGCAGGAUCCUUGCACGCCCGCCUCCACAUCAGGUGAGAAUGGUGAGGGCUUUACCGCUGCUCCUGCUGCCCGUUUACCAGGGAAGAGGAGGAGGAGAAGCUUCUGUGUCUCUGCACUUGUCAGUCCUAAAAGCACCACCCAGGCAAGAGGCUACAAAAGAAGAUCCUUUCUCAGCCAGAAGGGAGAGAACACCCUCCAAGGGACUUUGAGAGAAUCAGACCUAUCAGAGAACUAAAGCAGUCACUGACACUGCCAGCAGAACAAUUUGGCAGGAAAGAACGUAACCCACCGUUCAAGCCUGAAAGAUUCUUUCAUCCAGUUCCCAUUUUGUUCAACCUCAAUGUUUUAAAAGUUUCAAAUAAAAUCAUUUUGAGUUGAACCUACAUUUAAGGAGAAAUAAGUGAAUUUCUUCAUCCUUCAAACCUAAAGCAUUGUAUUAAAUAUGUCCUCCCCUCAAAGGAGAAAUGUUUUGUUGGUAUUCUGUUAAAAGGGAUUGGUUUCAGACCUAACAACUUAUCUCUUGAGUUUUAUUUCAUCGUGGCACAUAUUUACCACUGAAGCUUUAGAGUUUCUGUUGUGAAAAAGCGUCUUUUAGAACUGACUUGUUUUAUCUGGAUGAAGAGUUUGUUUUGGUUUGAUUUUUUUUUAACAAUACAAUGACUGUAACUUUCUGAAAGUUGAAGGUUAUAUAAGGUUGAGAACUUAAAGCGACCUGAGGUGGGGUAUAUUUUGUCUUGAAAUAUUGCCCCCCAAAACAACUAGGAAAGAUGGAAAUGAUAAAACUUGUUUGGGGUUAAAGUUAAGAGAAGCUUUAAUCAUUUACUUCAUCUCAAAUAAAACUUUUAGCAAUUAGAUUAAAAGCAAAUCUUAAUCAUGGGAUUUUGAAAAACUCUUUCAAUAAGAAUAUUGCAAAUCUGUCACUAUGAAAUGAAUCUAUAAUUUAGAAAUAACUAAUGUGAAAGCAUUUUAACCUUCAAACAAGACUCUUGUGUGCUUUAUCAGGUAGGAAAUGGGAGCUUGGUUUUUGGUGAAAAUAUAAGCAGUCUAGUGGAGGACUCAUCUCCCAUGUUAUUCAAAUUAGUCACAGGUAAUUUAGGAUUUAAUUUAUGGUUCUCCAUUUAAAAAAAAAAAAAAAAUCCAGAAAGAAACUCACUUGAAGGCCCCUAGAAAAUUGGUUUGCUUGAAACCUAGUGGUAGGCUGCUGAUUUCUUUCUUACCAUGGCAUUUUCCAGCCUUGCUAACUUUCUAUUUCACAAUACCAAGUGCUAGCACUUGUUUUUUCCAGCUAAGUUUCAGCGAUACAUCCUGUCACUUGGCGACAGCAGUUUGAAAAUCUAAGUCGCUACAUAUCUGUAAUCUGUGAAUGUGCAUAAAUCAUUGUAUCAUUAAACAAUUGUUUUUGAAAUCCUUUAAAUCAUUAAGCUCUCCCUCUCCCAGUGAUCACAGAAACAUGUUAACAAAUAGGGCUCUCUAUAAAUAACACAACAGGGAAGAAAGCUCCUGCUGGGCGCCCAUUUCCCCCUCCUCAGAUAGAGACUAUUUGUUACCUCCUUGGCACCAAUAGGUCUGGGACUCCUGCUGCUAAAGACUAAUGUAUUUUACAUUAACACUCGAAGUGAUCCCCAAUUUCUCCUGCUAAAGGGUGGAUUGUUUCAGAAAUUCUUUUAUCUUUACAGGUAAAUUAUUUAUGGACUUCUUUUCCCCACCCCCCACCCCAUUUAUAGUUCGGUUUGGUUGACAAAUCUCUACCACUGGAAAAAACCGAAAGUAAAAAAAAAGAACGAAACUUUUUGGUUUGGGUCAUUUAAAAAGAAAAGGGGAAAAAAACUUUCAGAAACAUACAAUAGUAGAGAGUUUUAAAAAUUUUUUGUUGUUUAUUCAACAUAGAAGCUAAAAUUACUGUUAUUUUCUUCCUUUUUUACUUUAUAUGAUCUCAGUUGUACUUGGAUUUUUAGAAUUUGACAUGCUUUAUUUCCAAAAAAGUGCUAAUGAGGAUUAAGAACAUAUUUUGGUCUGUGUUUUUUUUUGUUUGUUUUCCAUUGUGAAUUUUUUUGGCUUGGUUUUUCAAAUGUAAAAUUGUUCUCUUUUCCUAGCAUCUGCAGUUAAACAGAUUAACACUUUACAAGUUUAAAAUAUUUCAUUCUAAAUUUUUUGUUGCUAUCUGUAAAAUAACAAAUAGACUCUUUUCCUAAAAAAAAAAAGAAGUCUUGAGAAAGCAUAACCACGUGGAGGUAAUUUUAUCCACUGUCUCAUUUAUAUCAUAAAUUUGUGAAAAGUUAAUGAUUUCUGUAUUUUCUCAUGCUUGCUUCUUUUUAACUGUUUCUUUUCAUUAAUGGUUGAAUCAAGAACUGGCCUGAUCUUUUUUACUGCAGUAACCCUUGACAUUUUGCCUUAGAAACGUUUCCACCGUAUCUGCCUCCAUUGAUUCCCACUUGUUCCAGAAGAUGGCAGCAUGACAUCUGAAGUCAUCCUGGGUUGCACCGCCUUAAACCAGGGCAGUGCUCUGCAGUUGCUAUGGGUGCUUCCCGUUUGUUUUCACUCCUUUUUAUCACAAAGGUCGUAUGUGUCUAUUGAAAAAAGAGAACUGUGCAAAAUGAAACCUUUCUUCUACCCACCUGAUGCAGGCAUGCCUACACACAGCUUUUUCCCCCCACCUUUCUAGGUGUCAACACCAUUAACAGGGGGCAAACCUCUUCCAGACCCUUUGGCUAUGUAAACAUAGGUUUUGCUGUUUUGCUUUGUUUUUUUUUAAUUUAAAAAGUGGAAAAAAUUUAUUUCCUGAAACUUUUCAGUAAGAAAAAAAGUUUACUUUGAGGCACUUAAAAGUUGUUUUUGUUUUGUUUUGUUUUUAACUGGAGGAUAAUUGGGUUUCGUUGUUUUCUGAUGGGAUCACUCUGUAUUCCAUUUUACAAUUUAAAAAUUUUAUUCAACAAAAUACCGUGAAUAUCCCCAUGAUAUUAUGGAGAGUCCUGGUGCUACCUCAUCUUUUUAACCCCUGUCUAGAGUGAGAUAAUUAGAUCUCUAUAACAGAGUUCACCAUCUCCUUAAUAAUGGACGCUAGCUGUCUCCAGUUUUGUGUUACUGAAAAUUAUGCCACACUAGGCUUGUUUGGAAAUGUAAGAUAAAUUCUUUGAAAUUAAAAUUAAAUGGUUAUUAAGUUCAUUUCUCUAGAUCAUACCUAGCAAAGUUCCUUUAUAAAGAUUUCACCUUCUUUCUGUCCACCAUAUUCUUCCCCCAUCACUUCAUGCCACAUUGCUUCCAUUUUUUUCUGACUGCCCCCUCCCCACUCCCCUGACUUAAGCUAUAGAAUUAAUUGAAUGUGAGACUUAGACCUGGCAUACCAAGAAGGAAAUAAUAAUGCCUGAUUUGUGCUUUAUAUCGAAAGAGCUUCUGUUUUCCAUUUACUUUUUAAAGUCAGGUUUAUUGAGGUGUAAUUCACCUACAGUACAGUUUCCCAUUUUUAAGUGUACCAGUUUGAAGUUUGGCAAAUUCACACAGUCAUGUAACCACUGCCACAGUCAAGUAACAGAACAUAGUCAUCACCCUGCAAAACAUUUCCUCCUGCCGGUCGCAGCCAAUCCCCUCUCCCCUAACCCCAGCCCCUCACAGUCACUCAUCUGAUUUCUAUCCUUACAGUCUUGCCUUUUCCAGAAUGUCAUAUAAAUGGGAUCAUGCAAUCUGUAUCCUGUUGUGUCUGCCUUUUUAAACUAAGCAUAAUGCAUUUGGGAUUUACCCAUGUUGUAUGUGAUAAGUAGUUGAUUUCUUGUUUAUUGCCCUGUAGUAAUCCAUUUUAUGGAUAUACCACAGUUUAUCCAUUCACCCACUGAUGGAUAUUUGGUUUGUUUCUAUAUUUUGGCUUCUGCAAAUAAAGCUGCUAUAAACAUUCACAUAUGGAUCUUUUUUAUAGAAACAUGUUUUCAUUUCUCUUGGUUAAAUACCUAAAAGUGGGAUUCCUGGGACAUACAGCUGGGGUGUUUUUAAGAAACUGCCAAGUUUUUCCACAGCAGUGGCAUCGUUUGCAUCCUCACCUGCCACACAUAGUUCGGUUUCUCCACAUUUUCAUCACCACGUGGUGUCAGCCUUAGUGCUUGUAGGCAUUCUAGUAGGUAUGCAGUGGUAUCCCACUGUGUAUAUUUCUUUUUUUUUUUGUAUAUUUCUUUAAUGACUAAUAAUAUUGAACAUAUUUUAUUCCCUGUGCUUAUUUGCAUUCUUAUAUCCUCCUUAUUGAAGCUUCCAUUUAAAUGUCUUGCCUACAUUUUCUUUUUUCCUUAUUGCCUUUUUUUUUUAAUUGAAAGGGUUCUGCCUAUAUUUGGAUACAAUCCUUUAUUAUGUAUCUAUCUUGCAAAUAUUUUUC